GGCCCCUCCCCACAGAUGGGCCUCCCCCUCUUCCUUCUCCCCUAUAAAGCCUCUUGGGGAUCCCGGCUUCCCAGACUCAGCCGCCCCACCUGUGGGGGCCAGUCCAGAGUCACGAUGCUGAACUGGAGGCUGCUGGGGACCCUGGUCCUCUGCCUGUUGGCCGGGGGCAUCUCAGGCAUCAGGGACCACCCCUCUCCCCAACCCACAGAGGCCGGAGAGGAGGAGAGCACCCCAACUCUGCCUCAGGGUCCCCCCAUCCCUGGUGACCCCUGGCCAGGGCCACCCCCUCUCUUUGAAGACCCUCCACCUCCGGGCCCCCACCGUCCCUGGAGAGGCUUGCCUGAGACUGGGACUGCAGUCUGGCCCCCGGAGCCCCCCAGCACCGACCCCCCUCAGCCUCCCCGGCCUGACGACCCCUGGCCAGCCGGACCCCAGCCCCCAGAAAACCCCUGGCCGCCUGCCCCUGAGGUGGACCACGAACCUCAGGAGGAGCCAGACCUUGACCCGCCCCAGGAAGAGUACAGAUGAGGGGGCCCCGGAGCGGCUGCUGCGCCCCUCUGUGCCCUUCUGGGUCCCCUUAGUAGUCUGACACCCCGAGGACUUCCCUCGUUCCCUCAGAUUUGCUCUGAAACCGGAAGCUGUCGUUAAUGUUUUCGGGGCCGCCUUGAGGCCUGUAUUUAGCCCCAAUUCCCCCUUUAUCUCUCGGACAGCGAAGCGCACGCUCCUACCUCACCCCGAGCCCUCUCCGGCUCCAGCCGCCCUCUCCUUCCCGACCCGGGGCCGCUGGGCCGCGCUGGCUGCACGGUGCUCUCUGCUGCCACCUAGUGGCCGUCAGCUGAGAACCAAAACGGAAAAAUAAAAACCGAAUUUUCCUAAUUCUGAA